AUGGCUUCAGCUCAGUCUGUGAAACCCUCUACUGCCAUUGAAGCCUGCCAACCGAAAACCCAACACAGCUCGUUCGGCCAAAAAAUAUCUGAGAUAACUAACAAAGCUUUCAAAGGACAUCAUGCUCGCCAUGGCAGUACUCAAAAUCAAGUCCAAAGCUACAGCUCCCAAAGUCAGGUUGAAUCAAAUGGCCACAAUGGCACCAAAACAGAAACUCACCAGUAUGGUCAUACUCAGACCCAACAUGACAAGAAGCAUGGUGUCACCAAAACCCAUAUCACAGUUUGUGUAGUUCAAGCAGAAAUCACUGAAACCAAAGAGGGUCCUUCUCCUUAUGGUGCAACUACAACAUGCUUUGGAACUCCUAAGAAAAACAGAGAGCUCAACAAUAAGAAAGAUAUCAAUUUGUUCCGGAGGAUUAAGAAUGGAAUGUCCCGCCAUAACGGUGAAGGAAACAGCAGCAGCAGCAGUGACAGCGAAAGCGAUGAUGAGAAGAAAAGUUCAAAGACAAAGACAAAGGUGGGUGCAACUGACAAUGAGAAGAAAUGUCCGAUGACAAAGCCAAAGGUAGGUGCACUUGAAGAUGAGAAGAAAUGUCCAAAGCCAAAGAAUUGA